GUCACUUAUAUGGCCGUUGCCAGCAUAUUUUGGUCUGUGAUUUGUGAUCGUGGAAGACACCGUGCCGUAUUCUACGGUUAUCCGAAUUUUUCCGGCGGAACUUUUUGGAUCUGGAAUAAAUCGCCUAGCGGAACAUGAGCACGAUUUUGGAAAAGAUCGCCGCGAUCGAGGCGGAAAUGGCCCGGACCCAGAAAAAUAAAGCGACCGCCGGCCACUUGGGCCUGUUAAAAGCCCGCCUUGCCAAACUGAGACGGGAACUGAUCACGCCCAAGGGCGGGGGCGGCGGUGCGGGCGAAGGAUUCGACGUGGCGAAGACCGGAGACGCGCGGGUCGGCUUCGUCGGGUUCCCCUCCGUCGGCAAGUCGACUUUGUUGAGUAACUUGGCGGGGGUGUAUUCCGAAGUGGCCGCCUACGAGUUUACCACCCUCACGACCGUACCGGGCUGUAUAAAAUUUAAAGGAGCUAAAAUACAGCUGUUGGACUUGCCGGGAAUUAUCGAGGGCGCCAAGGACGGGAAGGGUAGGGGGCGGCAGGUCAUAGCGGUGGCGCGCACUUGUAGCCUUAUAUUCCUCGUGCUGGACGUUUUGAAACCGCUGGUUCACAAGAAACUCAUCGAACACGAACUCGAAGGGUUCGGUUUGAGGUUGAACAAGCAGCCGCCCAAUAUAUACUUUAAGAAAAAGGACAAGGGAGGGAUCAACUUGAAUUGCAUGGUGCCUCAGUCAGAGUUGGACUCUGACACGGUCAAGUCCAUUUUGUCGGAGUACAAGAUACACAACGCCGACGUCACGUUAAAGUACGACGCGACCAGCGACGACUUGAUCGACGUGAUCGAGGGAAAUCGCAUAUACGUGCCUUGCAUUUACAUUUUAAAUAAGAUCGACCAGAUUAGCAUCGAGGAGUUGGACGUUAUUUACAAAAUACCUCACUGCGUUCCUAUAUCAGCUCAUCACAGGUGGAACUUUGACGAUCUGUUGGAGAAAAUGUGGGAGUAUUUGAAACUAGUGCGCAUCUACACGAAGCCCAAGGGUCAGUUGCCCGACUACAAUUCCCCCAUAGUGUUGCACUCGGAACACACGACUGUCGAGGAUUUUUGCAACAAACUCCAUCGAAGUAUCGUCAAGGAAUUUAAAUACGCUUUGGUGUGGGGCUCGUCGGUGAAACACCAGCCACAAAAAGUGGGGUUAGAUCACGUGCUGGCCGACGAGGACGUGGUGCAGAUUGUGAAAAAAGUCUGACGCGUUUCCAAAGGUCCUUUGGGUGUUAUCUGUUUAAAUGUGGGAGGAACGAUUUUUGGAACAAACUUGAUUUUUUGGAUUGAUUAAAAAGAGAUCAUGACUCUG